AUGGGAUCGAAGAAAGUUGCUUCACGGGCAGGUGAAAAACAUGGAACUGCGGAAGGUGAGGGGAAGGUGGCAGCUGAAGGUAGGGGACAGGAAGGAGAAGGGGGGAAUGGUGGGGAAGCAGAGGGAGGUGAGGGGGGAGGAGGGGGCGGAGGGGAAGCCGGGGGGGUAGGGGGAGCAGGGAAGGGUGGAGAAGCAGGGGGCGGGCAGAAGAAGCGGCAGCGACCAGCCAAGUCUCCGGCUCAUGUGGCUGCUGCGGUGGCGGCGGCAGCAGCAGCAGCACGAGCAGCCAGAAAAGCCGGAAGCCAGGCAGAGGGCGAAGGGGGCGGAAGCGGGGCGGGAGUGAGUGGUGGAGUUGAGGCAGGGGGGGAUCUGCCAGCUCCUCUGAGUGCUGCCUUUGAUGCGGAGGAAGGCAGGCGGGCACAGAGGAAGAAGAGACGCAUGCUCAAAGCUGCUGCUGCUGCUGCCGCCGCUGCUGCUGGUGCUGCUGGUGCUGCCAUUAGCGAUGCUGCUGGUGCUGGCGCUGGGGCAAACGAUGUUGACGGUGUUGGUGAUGGUGCAGGGUCUGGGUCUGGUGCCGGUGAUGCAGCUGAUGCUGAUGCUGCAGCUGCAGCUGCAGAAGGGGGGGACGUUGGUGUUGAGGGCAAGGCAUCAGCACAGUCACAGUCACAACAGCCAGCUAAGAAGGGUGCUGGUGGGGGGCAGCGCAAGAACCUGGGAAAGCGGAAGCUUCCUGGUCGGCAGCAGGAGGAGGAUCGGGAAGGAUUCGCGCGGCUUGAGAUUUAUGAUUUCUCGGCGGAGAAGGAGGAGUUUGGGCUGGAUGCACAGCAUGUGGCGGCCAGCGAGGCCAUGGCUCUGGGUCCUUCGGCAGAUAAGAAGAAAUGGAACAAGCGUGGUGCUCCUAAGUUCUCUGUGCCGCUGCCUGCGGCUGCUGCUGCAGCAGCUGCGGAUGCUGCUGCCAAUGCUGGAAAGCAGGGUGGUGGGGAUGAGGGAGGGCGAGGUAGUAAGAGUGCGGUGUUUGAUCCGUUGCAACCGAUUGCGGCUGGAGCGGCCAAGAGAGGCUUGGCUUAUGAUGCGCCGAGGGGUGGGAAGAGGCCGCAAGUGUUUCCUUCGUCUGGAAACAGGAGUGCCACAUUCAUGGAUUGA